AUGUCGGGUAUUGACUGCUCUGCUCUCCUUCCUCAGGGUCGCAAGCUCGUGGUGAAAGAGCUCCUGCCAGUUUGCUCUGCCUUCUACUACGUCCAGCCAGCCGACACAUGCGCGUCCGUGGCUCAGUUUCUCAGCAUCACCGAGGAAAGCCUGCAGCAGCUCAACCCCAGCGUUAGCUGCUCUUCUCGCCUCCCCGCGUUCCACUCUCUCUGUGUGGAGCGCACCCCAGCCAAAGCCAGGCCGACAUGUGCCAAUAAGAUACGGAUUGGCCGAGUGGUGGACUUCAAGCAGGUGGCGGCAUCCAACGGAGCCACCAUGGUGGACCUCUGCAGGCUCAACCCCUGGAUCUCCUUCCGCGAUUCCCCGCGCGACAUUCAUAUUGGUAUCAACUGCUCCGCUCUCCUUCCUCAGGGUCGCGACCUCGUGGUGAAAGAGCUGCUGCCAGCUUGCUCUGCCUUCUACUACGUCCAGCCGUUUCUCAGCAUCACCGAGGAAAGCCUGCAGCAGCUCAACCCCGGUGUUAGCUGCUCCUCUCGCCUGCUUGCGUUCCGCUCUCUCUGUGAGGAGCGCAACCCAGCCAAAGCCCGGCCGAAAUGUGAGAGUCAGAUACAGAUCGACCGUGUGAUGGACUUCAAGCAGGUGGCGGCAUCCAAUGGAGCCACCAUGGUGGACCUCUGCAGGCUCAACCCCUGGAUCUGCUUCCGCGAUUCCCUGCGCGACAUUAAUAUUGUAUGUUUUUCCCACAUUCAUAGCUUCUCUGAUGUUAGGGGUGUACUUCAAUGA